AUGGGCAUCGGACUCUCUAGUUUAGAAGCAGGAGCAAAGACUCACACCGGCAGCAGCUCAACUCUCCAACUCCAAGGGCUGGCCCGCCUUGGGGACGCCAAUGGCCCCAUUCCAUUUGUGGCUUUGGCAGUCGUGGUGCGUCUUUCGGCCGCAGAGCCCAGAGUGCAGCAGAGGUUACUUGCACACCUUCUGCUUCCUCGAGGGCUGAACAGCAGCCGGUCAAGGGCUAACAGGGACCCCAAGAUAGAGAACAGCUCGUCUGAGACCUGCCCCAAAUCUGUCGCCUGGAGCUCUUCCCAUCUCCAGCAAUGGAUGGUCGGGCAGAAAUGCUCCAGCUUCCUGAUCAAGAGGAACAAGCAGGGGCGCCUGGGUGGCUCAACGUUCAGCACCGACCCCAGUAACCCGAAGGCUCGCAAGUCCUCUAACGACAACGGGUUGAUUCACCUCUACACUGUGGGCGUGAAGUCUGGGGCUGAUGGCCAACGGGUAGUGGUGGUCAUGAAGCGGAGAUCCCUCCAGGGAAAACCCACCACCCCCUACCUGUGGACCACCAUGAACAAGAACGCCCCGGCCACCCUCGGAAGCAUCAGGCACAGGAUCCACACGAACAAGGACCACCCAGAUCCGUACGUGGCCGCCAUUCGCACAGCCAGCACCAUCCCUCGCCGCCAGAACCCUGUGACGGUAAAGAGGAAGAGGCCCGCCCCACCAAGAGCUCCUGAGCACCUGCCCCCCACCUCCAAAGCAAUAGAGAUGUCAACCACUUCAAAAAAAACAAACAAAAAACAAACAAACAAAAAAACUGUGACCCGGAGCCACUCCCGGCCAACCUGCAGCCUGAAAUAGCCAAGCCCAGCCAAGAUCAAUCAGAUCCCCACAGCCCUGCUGGACCCCGAGCAAGAAAAAUAAAUUCCCAUUAUUGUAAGCCCCUGAGUUUUGGAGUGUUUGUUCCGCAGCCUUAUUGCGGCAAGAGCCGACUAUUACAAUGACCUAUAUGCAACGUGCAGAUUGACCCUGGGCCUUGUUUGGGCUGUAUGUCACCGCUCGGCAUCCAGUGUGACAGGUGAGGAAUGCUAAGGCAGGAGUGGCAGUCCUAUGACUUGGACAGCA